AUGUCCCUGGAGAGCUGUGCAGGGGAGUCCAGUGCCUCACACUCUCCCAGCCUGCUGGAGGAGGAGGAUACUGGGCCCUUGGCCCCGCAACCACAAAACACCAGAUCGACUGACAAGGAGCCCCUCGGUUCCCUCGGCCUCUCCCACAAGGCCCCGGUGGCCUCGGAGUGCCUGCCUUUCUUCCGCACCUGUGAGUGGCUCCUGGCUGAAGAGAAAGCCCUGCAGACUGAGAUUUUCGUGGACCAAGGAGGGCAGAGGGCCCGGCAGGCAUCAUUUCUGGAGGAUUUGGCGCCACCCAGUGGCUUCCUUCCUUACUAUCGCUCGGAGAAAGACAUUCUCCCCUGCCGGAUCCUUCCUGGCCAGGGGCACGGGGGCUCCCACGACUCACUCCCCAGUGAGAAGGCACAGGAGGACUGCUGCUGCAAGCUGACAGCCAAGGAUGGGUGUCCUGCUUCUGCUGCAGGCUCAGAUGUCACCUCCAGGUCCUCACACUCACUAGUCUCAGCAGGGAGCUCCCAGGACGGCAGUCUGGAUAAUCCUCCCUGCAGGGACCAAGCCCUUCAUGCCCCAGGAUUUGUGCCUUACUACAGGAGCCCAGAGGAGGAGUUGCACACCAGCCUGCAGCCUUCG